GAUGCGGGCCGGGAGAUCGUCUGGAUGCGCAAUUUGCUCACUGAACUUGGCUACUCCCUAUCUGAGGCAUCGAUUCUCCGUGUCGAUAACCAGUCGGCUGUUGCAGUUAGCAAGAAUCCAGAGCACCAUGGGCGGAUGAAGCAUCUCGAUCUUCGAUUCUUUUGGCUCAGGGACCAGGUAGAGGCUGGUGUGAUUGCGCCAGCCUACGUUCCUACUGUGGACAACGCUGCAGACAUCCUGACGAAGGCUGUUCCACCUGAGAAGGUGAAGAUUUGCUGCGGCCUGAUGGGACUAGAGGAUCUGCCGCAUUAG